UUAAAAAUACUUUUUAAUGCAUUAUAUUUAAAGGCUUCAAGCACUUUUGUUUGUUUGUUUUGCGCCGCUUUAUGGUCUGCUAGUGUGUGUCAGCUCUAGUUUUUGGAUUAGCGAGAUUGAGCGCAGCACUAUUGUAGUCGAGUGACCCGAGCCGCCGAUGGCAUGCUGAUGUCUUCUUUUUUCUGUUCUCCCUCCUUCUUUUACAAAAGCGACAGCAUAAGCUGAAACCCUAGUCCAUUUGUUUUGUCGGGACAAAGAGGGGGAGGCUCCGGCCGCUGGAGAGUAGGGGGUAGUAAAGGUUUGUUCCCCUGCAGGGCACUUGUGGGACAGGGGUGUUGUUGUGCCUGUGUGCAGCUCAGAUGUGUGUUUUCUCAGCGCUAAAGGAAAUUGCAUCAGUAUGCAUUAUCUAGCUGGGAGAGGCCACAGGAGGAGGGCCGUCUCUCUCUCUCUCUCCCUCUCAAUCCUCCCACUAGAGCAGAAACACACCGGCAGACCCAGUCAUGGGCGCAGAGGAGCCCAAUUACUCUCUGCAUGGACUUACACUGGAUUAAUCCUAUUUAUUUAUUUGCAUAUUUAUGGUUUUUCUACUGUCUUGAGCCCUGAAUGCGGACGCGGAGCACUAUGCACUCCAGAGUGAAGUCGCGGAGCUGCGAUAAUUACCUGAGUAUAAAGGACUCUGAGUCGUUGGACCGCUGCAUUCAGAGCGUGUUAUCGGCUCUGUUUCCUCCGUUCAGUGCCUCGGCGGCCACCGUCCUGUGGCAGCUCUUCAGUGUAGUGGAGAGACAGUACCGCGGUGACGGACUGCGCUGCUUCAUUGACUUCCUGCUGCCCGCCAAGAGAAUCCUGCAAACAAUAAAACAGGAGGCCUGUCUGCGAUUCAAAGGCCUGUUGCUGUACCACGAGGGAUGGCCGCUGUGUUUGCAUGAGAAGGUGGUUCUGCAACUCGCACCCCUGCAUAAAGUACGUCUACGGCAGGGAGAUUUCUACCUGCAGGUGGUUCCCUUAGGCCGCAAAGCUGCCAAACUGGUCAUAAAAUGCCUGUCAGGGAGCGGGCAAGCCAUCGCAGAGAUCCCUGUGGCCGAGAGCAUGUACGCCAGCGUGUUCACGCCCGACUUCCUGCAGAAUGUAACGCGUGAACGCAACCUGCACCCUCUCCAGAACUGCCUCCUCAGUACCGGCGCCGUGGUUUACCGAACGCCCUGGAAGAACGUGGUCAAUCCUUUGUUCGUGACCAGCACUGCCGACGCAAUCAUGCAGGCGCGGAGCAGCGGCGGGACCCUGCGGGGUCAGCUCAGCACCUGCAGCACCCACGGAUCCACAGGAACACUCAGUUCCCGAGACUCCCUGGGUGCCGAGUCCACCGUGUCGGAGCCAGUCCUCAGCCGCAGCCUCACAGAUAUGGGCAUCAGCUCUCUGCACUCGGAGGAUUCGCCCUUGCAAAAGAGUCCCAACUCCCUUCCCCAGACGCCCACCUUGGGCAGCCCGGAUCAGGGAUGCAUUCGAGGCGGAAUCAGCCACAAAAUCCUUUCAUUUAGCACGGACCUUAGCAAUCCCGGCCUUCGCAAGCGGCAUCCCAGAGACUCUGCUGCCUUCGAGUCACGCCGGCUUUUCCGCAAGUCCUACAUGGAGGCUUUGCAGAACCCUAUGAACCUUGGCUCCAGCUCUGAAUCAAUUCUUGAGGAAGGGACUGAGUCCGAGCCAGGAGCGCGUCGCGGCUCCGGCCCGAAGGAGCCGAUCCCUCGGAGAAUCAGUGUUCGUGGAUGGCUGGGAGGAGAUGAAUCUUGCAACGAUUCUCCUGCCGUCCAUCCAUCCAAGAGCACUGAGCUCAGUCCGGGCGAGAGGCGCUCCAAAUCUCUUGAUCGCACCAACAAGGCCUUGCAGGUUAAAGGCCACCGGGCUCGGUCGUCUUCCGGUGGAUCCGGUAGUGGCCUUCCCAAAAAACUUAUGAAUGGUUAUACAUUUCGUUUUGGAAAAUUGGACUUGGAGACGGCCUUUCCUGGAAUCGAGAAACGGAGCAACAAAGAGAACUCAGGUCUCUCGGAUGACGGUCUGCACUCGAGCCCCAGGAGGAACAGUAACAGCGGCGAUGAGUUUGUUCCUCCCAAACCCUCCAGCAGAUCGGCGGUGUCUCCGGCCCCGUCCACAGCGCCCCCUGCUGUCUGUCCUCCAGCGCUGCCCUCGCUCAUCACACACAUCAACCAGGAGCUCCUGACCUCCGGCGCUCUGAGGCUGCCUGGUAACCAGGACCGAGGUGGCAGAGCUGUGCUGCAGGUGUGCUGCAGGAACCAGGUGUGGACAGACGCGGCCUUCACCUCAAACCAGAUCAGCGAGCUGCUGUGCUACUACUGCGGCAGACUGCGGAGGGAGAAGCGAGGUCUGGGUUUGACGGUUCUCGUCGACGCUCGCAGGCAGCCGGUCGCGUCUACGCUCUUCACGGCUCUGUCUGAGCUUCAGACUCUCAUACCCAAUGCACUUUACUCCGUUUUGAUUCUGGUGGACCGAGACGUGGCAGUGAAAGUGGACCGAGACGUCUCAGUUCCUUGUGAAGUCCUGACGUCUCUGAAAGCUCUGCAGAAGCACAUCGACUCGUCGCAGCUCACCAGAGACUUUGACGGCUCCUUCCCAUACGAGCACAGCCACUACAUUCACUUCAGACAGAAAAUCGAAGCGUUUGCUGCGAGCUGCAGCGCUGCCAUCGCUUCCCUUCAGAGCUCCAUCGAGACGCUGAACAACAUCGGCAGCCUGGAGACGUCGGAGGAGGUGUCCGAGAUCAUCAGCCAGCAGAAGAGUCUCAUGAAGAGCGUUCUGGACGACACCGAACUCAACCGCCUGCGGCUGGAGGGCGGCACUUUUCUGGCCCGCAUCCGAAAAGAGGAGAUGUGUGAAAACGAGAACUACAGGGACGCUGUGGACCUGGUCAGUGCGCUGUAUAACCAGGUGGACGAAGAGGUUCAUAAACUGGUCAUUCUGUCUAAUAAAUCCCUGCAGCAGCUGGAGAAGCUCCUGGAGCUGCGUGUCUUACAGGAGAGACACCAGGAGGUUAAGAGGUGGUUUUAUGUGGAGAGUGAGAAGCAUUUGGCUCCUCUGGACUCCUACAGUCUCUCUCUGAGCUCCAUUCAGGACAUGAGACAGAGUCUGGCCCAGUUCAUGGAGGAGUCCGCCGAACAGCAGAAGAAAGCAGCAGCGUUACUGAGCGAGUCUAAAGCAGGUCCAGCUCUUCUGGAGGUCAAAGAGCACAUCAGCUCCGUCCUGCAGCGCAGCGAAACACGUAAACACGAGCUGAACGUUCUGCUCAACCUCUACGAGUUCUACGAAUCGGCGAAGCAGUGGAUGCUGCACUGUCAGGAGUAUUUCUGUCAGCUGAGGCUGGACGGAGACGCGCUCGGUUUGACGCCCACUGUGCUGCAGGUCCUGCAGGACUAUCACAGCGAGGCCACAAAGUUUUCUCUUGAGAACUUCAGCUCGCUCAACCAGACGGUGCUGGAUCUUAACAGCGAGAGGGAGCUGCAGCGCUGGAGCAGUGUCUGGCAGCAAUGCCAACAAACCAAACAACAGCUGGAGGAGACACUGACCGCUUCCGAGACCGUAUCGAAUCCUGCAGAGACUCAGAACGGACUGGACUGCUCUGCGGCUCCCGCUCUGAGCUCUUCUUCACCGCCGUGUUUUGAGGAUGAAGAUGAGAAGCGGCACUCAGCAGGACCGUUUUCCAGAAGCCAGUUCCCAUUUCCCCCGUCUGCGUUUGAUGACACCGACAGCGACUGCACUGUCGACUCGUCCGCCUCAUGUCACUCGGAGCCGCUGCAUUCACCGGCGGCACGCCUCCGCAAGCAGCCGCUCAAGAAGAUCAUGAAGAAGACGCUGAGCUCGGAGCUGCCGGCGCGGGACAGAGCUCCUCACGGCUACAGCGGCGUCAGCAUCCGAGGCCUGGAGGUCUCCAAUAACGCGCAGAGCCCGGCGCUGAGCCGCAGCCGCAGCAUGUCGUCCCCGUCUCCUCAGUGCAGACACAGCGAUGCAGACGGCAAGAGACACAGUGGUAAAAUCCAGCACAUCAUGGAUGAGAUGAUCUCCACCGAGAGAGAGUAUGUCAGAUCGCUCCGCUACAUCAUCCAGCACUACUUCCCCGAGAUGGAGCGACUGGACCUUCCUCAGGACCUCCGAGGGAAGCGCAGCAUCAUUUUUGGGAAUUUGGAGAAACUGUGCGACUUUCACAGCCAGUAUUUCCUGAUGGAUCUGGAGAGCUGCGCUCAUUCUCCGCUGUCCAUCAGCAGCUGCUUCCUCAAACACGAGGAGCAGUUCGGGAUGUACGCCCUGUACAGCAAAAACAAGCCGCGCUCAGACGCCCUGCUCACGAGCCACGGAAACAGUUUUUUCAAGAACAAGCAGGUGGAGCUGGGCGAUAAGAUGGACCUGGCGUCGUACCUGCUGAAGCCCAUCCAGAGGAUGAGUAAAUACGCUCUCCUCCUGAAGGAUCUGAUCAAGGAGUGCGGUCAGUCUCAGGAGCAGGAGCUCGCUGACCUCAGAACAGCGGAGGAGAUGAUCAAGUUCCAGCUGCGCCAUGGGAACGACCUGCUGGCCAUGGACGCCAUCCGCGGCUGCGAUGUCAAUCUGAAGGAGCAGGGUCAGCUUCGCUGUCAGGACGAGUUUAUCGUUUGGUGCGGACGCAAAAAAUACCUGCGCCACGUUUUCCUUUUCGAGGAUCUCAUCCUCUUCAGCAAGACCAAGAAGAUUGAAGGAGGAUACGACAUCUACAUCUACAAACAGUCCUUCAAGACGGCUGAGAUCGGGAUGACGGAGAACGUGGGAGACAGCGGCCUGCGCUUCGAGAUCUGGUUUCGCCGGAGGAAAUCACAGGACACCUUCAUCCUGCAGGCCGCUUCUGGAGAGGUGAAGAACGCCUGGACCUCCGUCAUCGGCAAGAUCCUGUGGAGACAAGCCUUACGAAACCGAGAGCUGCGGAUGCUGGAGAUGGUUUCGAUGGGAAUUGGAAACAAGCCGUUCAUGGACAUUAAACCCAGUGACUCUGCCAUCAGCGAUCGAGCCGUCGACUACAUGAAAGGGUCAGAGUCGCGGAUGCGGGCGUCCAUAGCGGUGUCCUCGUUCGAUCACUCCACGCCGUUUAAGAGACCGCACUCCACCAUCUCCAACAGCAGCUCGUCCUCGUCCAGCAGCCACUCCUCGUCCUCUCUGCUGAGCUCUCUGAACCUGCACCUCCACCCGUCCCACCCGUCCCACCCGUCCCUGAGCCACUGGCCCUACGACUGCAUCGAGGAGGACGAGCUGGAGCACGACUCCACCCUCCAGACCUCCACAAUGAGUGACAGCGUGAGCGUCCAGCAUCAUCCUGCGUUAGUGAUGGAGAGCUACACCAGCGACGGAGGCUCGUAUCUGUCCACACCGUCCCCGUCUCCACCCAAAGUCACGUCCUCCAUCCUCUACCACAAAGAGCAGGAGCUGCAGAGUCAGAGCAGCAAGUUCAUCACAGCGAGCAAGACUUCAGGUCUGUUAGGCCUCUCGACUCUGGUCUGAAUCAAACGCUUCAGAUCACUGUGAAUCCUUCGAGACAGCAGUGUUUGUGAACGCUGGAUGUGUUCGGACAGACGGAGAUCAAAUGCACUGAGACAUUUCAUCAUUUCAUAGACUGAUAAUCGUCCAGAGCCGCGCUGAUGAAUAUGAAUUCUGACUGCAGUGCUGGUACGUUACAGGACUGAGAUCACGGAUCUACAUUAAUUCAGCUGUUUUAUUUUUACUCCUUUCGUUCUGAGACUGCAGAUUCUUCACCUCUCGACAUCUGACUGAGUUUUUCUGAUUGUACAAAUAGUUGAAUGAUAUGAGUUCUGGCUCUACUAAUAAAAUCCAGACAGAAUUGCAUUGUUAAUAAGGAUUGAGUCCGACUUUUUACUAUAAAAAUAAAAAUAAAACAACAGUAAUUAAAAUCAAAUUGAAUUUUGUAAUUUAUUAAAAUGGUUCCCUACUCAAAUUCAUAAGUAACAUACAGAAAUAAUUCCUUUUGAAUUACAUUAAUUCAAUAUAUAAAUGUGAAAAUAUGUACAAAGAAAUAAUAUCCAGCUUUACUGCUAAUAAAACACAAUAAACAAAUAAAGCUGUCACCAUUUUAA